GAACCCUCAGUUGGAGCUGCAUUGCAGGCUGAAGCUCCGAUACUGGAGUAGAAAACAGCUCCGCGUUGCCAAUUGACCCGGGACUCUCUCGUCCCUCUCCACCUCCCCGUCCAUACGAACAGCAACCAUGCGGGCCGCUUUUCGGAGCCUCUCUCUUCGCUCCAGCCUAGCCAGAGCUUCAGCCAUUACUACCCCACGUCCCUUGGUCCCUUCAUCUACAACACCUGCCCGACGUCCUCCUCAAUCUGCACAGCUUUACCCGCAACACUCUCGCACCAUGGCCGACUACACGCACAUCAACAGCAGCGAGGCUGCCCCUGCUCUGGGACCCUACUCCCACGCCAUCAAGACCCCGACGGCGAUCUACCUCUCGGGCUCGAUCCCGUGUGAUGCGCAGGGCAACCUCGUAGAGGGCACCAUCGGCGACAAGACGGCCGCCGUCUUCAAGAACAUCAAGGCCGUCCUCGAGGCCGCAGACUCGUCCAUCGAGCGCAUCGUCAAGGUCACCAUCUUCCUCACUGACAUGGCCAACUUUGCCGACGUCAACACCGAGUACGCCAAGUGGAUCCAGCACAAGCCCGCCCGCAGCUGCGUCGCCGUCAAGCAGCUGCCCAAGAACGUCGAUGUCGAGAUUGAGGUCAUUGCCCUUCCUUAAAGGGGAGUCCAUGUCAUAAGAAGCAAGGGAGCUGUCGAAAACUGCAGCACAUUGCGGCAGAAAAAGUAGACCACUCGAAUGGAAGAUCAACUUGAAGCACCCGAGACAGUAUAAAUCAUGAUGUACAUGAAGUGACCAGUCUCAAUAUGCCGUAGAUGAUGGUAACGAAACUCGCCUUAUAGUGGGUGGAGCAUGAGUCUGGAUUUGAUCGUGUUCGGCAGAGUAACACUUCCGCGAAAGCAUGGGCUGACAUAUUUGCUGCGUGUCCAACAAUCUCCAAGUAUACUGCGUAAGGCACAAGAACCUGUUCAGG